AUGAAACGAAAGCUCAAUGAGCACGAUGUUCCGGAAGUUGCGUCUGUGAUUACGAAAGAACCGCAAUCAACGUUUGACUCCUUUGGCUUAGAGCCUCGACUCCUCCGCGGCGUUCGCGACCAGCGAUGGUCGUCGCCAACUCAUGUCCAGGCCAAGGCAAUCCCAAUUGCUCUCGAGGGGAAAGACAUCCUGGCGCGAUCAGGGACUGGGACGGGUAAAACGGCCGCCUACCUCCUCCCCAUUCUCCACAAAACUAUCCGUCGCAAAGAGCGAGAAAUCUCCACCCUCAUCCUCGUCCCCACCAAGGAACUUGCUCUCCAGGUUACGAAGCUCACACAAUCGCUUACCGCACACUGCGGACAAGACAUUCGUGUACAGAAUAUUGCAGGCAGGGAAUCGGAUGUUGUGCAACGGGCCAAGUUGGCUGAUUUGCCAGACAUUGUAGUUGCGACUCCGGCAAGAGCAAGCGUGAACCUAAACAAUGGCGCUCUAUCGCUCCAGAAUCUCGCACAUCUGGUGAUUGAUGAAGGAGAUUUGGUUAUGGGGUACGGCUUCGAGGAGGACCUAGACAAUAUUGCGAAGAGCAUGCCAAAGGGCGUCCAAAUCUUUCUCAUGAGCGCAACUCUAAACACCGAACUCGAAACCCUUAAAGGCCUAUUCUGCCGUGACCCAGUGAUCCUCAGGCUCGACGACCUCGAAAAGGGCGCACAGCUUGUGAAGCAAUAUGUCAUACGGUGCGCUGAAGACGAGAAAUUCCUCCUCAUAUACGCUAUGUUUCUGCUCAAGUUGAUCAAGGGCAAGACGAUCAUCUUUGUGGGAGAUUUAGACAGGUCAUACAGAGUGAAGCUGUUCCUAGAGCAAUUUGGUAUCAGGAGCUGUGUCCUGAACUCGGAGCUACCGCUUACUAGCAGAUUGCACAUUGUCGAAGAAUUUAACAAGAAUGUAUACGAAAUUCUUAUUGCCUCCGAUGAGAAUGAGCUGGAUACUACGGACGGCGGCACAAAUGCGGAUACCGAACCCCCCGCCAAAUCCCAAAAGAAGACCAAGUCCACUUGCAAAAACGACUCCGGUGUCUCCCGAGGGAUCGACUUCCUUAACGUCUCUUGCGUCCUGAACUUUGACAUGCCGUCUUCCUACAAAUCAUAUUUCCACCGCAUUGGCCGCACCGCACGCGCUGGGAAAUCCGGCACUGCCAUCACCUUCGUCAUUUCGAAGGACCAGUAUCGCAGACACAAACCGACAACAUUUGCAGGAUGCGAGAACGAUGAGGAGGUGCUGCGGAAGGUGGAGAAGCACCAGAAGGAGGGUCAGAAAGUGGAAGAUUAUGCAUUUGACAUGAAGAGGCUGGAACCCUUCCGAUAUCGAUUUUCUGAUGCGUUAAGAGCGGUGACGAAGAUCGCAAUUCGAGAAGCUCGAAUCAAGGAGUUGAGAUCAGAGCUCUUGAAGAGCCAGAAGCUCUCCAGAUAUUUCGAAGAAAACCCCGCCGCCCUCUCUCACCUCCGCCAUGACCAGAACCUCAACCACCCAGCCCGUAUCCAAGCACAUCUCAAGCACGUACCAGACUAUCUCCUACCCGGUGGCAGUAAGAAAGCGUUGACAGAAGAUAUUGGGUUUGUGGGCCCAAAUAAGGAGAGUGAGAAUAGGUUUCGAAGGGCCAGAGCCAUGAAUCGAGCAAAGGGGAAAGGGAAGAAGUUUAUCAGGAAUAAAACAGGGAAAAUUGAUCCGCUGAAGACAUUUAAUGCGAGGGGUAGGGGAAAGAAAUAAGUUGAAUUUGUGAAUGCUCGAAGUUAAACCUGGUCUAAUAUAGCGAGGAUCAAUCCAAGGGUCGAGGCGAUUGCAAAAACAUUAAUGCACGAUCGCUGAUGUUGCAUCUACUAUUUUUUAAUUUGGCUUUUGCAUGUGGAUAUGGGAAUGGGAUGCGAAAAGGGAUAUCGUUGUCUCCUGCUAGAUUGUAUCCAGGGCUCUAU